UACUGGUCCACUCCCUGACUAGGUCAGGUCUGCAAGGUUCUACCAGGACUUGAAGGAGCAUCAGUGCAGACUAAGACUGCUUGAAAAGUGGGUGACGAUGGCUUCCCGUUUUAUCUGGUUCCUGGGUUCGCUGUUGGCGCUCCUCUUCUGCCUCAUAGCUGAAACAGAGACUGCCAACGACACUCUGGAAAAGAUGCAAAAUGCGGGGCGAAAAAUGCUCUCCGCGGAUCGUCAGUUUGCUGUGCUGCACCUGCCAGGAAGGGACCCCAGUGGCAAAGACUGCCAUAGAAUUAACUUCAACGUUGCCGGGGAAGUUAAUGCUUAUUGCAACUUUGCCCCUGUGUUCGAUAAAGACGAACACAGGGAAGAAAUGAGACAAGAAGGCACUCUGAGUGGCAGUUGA